UGUGUGUGUGUGUCUACCGUGUGUAUGUAUAUGUUUUUGGCGAGGAACAGGCAAACUCUCGGCGUUCUCGGCUUAAGCUAAAGACCCCAAUGAGCGCUCGGCCGCCGCGAGCGCGAGUGCGCUUAUAAAACGCUAUAUACAUACAUAUACAAAAAUAUACACACGUUCACAUAAUACAGCAGUGCAUUGUGUCAUAUACAUACGUGACAGCAAAACGGAUAGUACACACAGACACGCAAUCGAUGUUUACAUGAAAAAACGAACAACAAAUCAUCGUAUAUACCUACGUACAAAUUUAUUGAAUUCUAUUGACGAACCUCCUGCAUCGUACUCUCGAUCUUUUCGAUUGUUUCUUCAACCUCGCUGAGAAAUCGCCGAUCUUUGUUGAGUUAUUGUGCAGUUUGUGAUCCUGAUAUAAAAUUGUGCUAAAUUAACAACGACGACAACAAUAACAACAGUGGCAGCAGCAGCAACAAUCGUGAUCUGCAGAUUCGAUUUUGUUCGUAGAUGUGUUAUCAAAGGACAAUAAUAUUUCCACAAAAAAUAUAAGUGACUCCGAGCUCCAGCAAAUUUAUUUUUUGAAAACAAAUACAAAAUACAAUUAAGAGAAAAGUAAAAAAUUAUAAUACAAGGCCUUUGCUUCUUCGUUUCAUCGCUCUUUUUUGAUAAAAACGGAGUGACGACAAAAAGAAGUGUUUCUGCGGACGAGCGCGUGUGUGAGAGUGUUUCUUCUACGUGUACAUCGAUGGUGUUUUGUUUUACCUCGUGUCAACAGUGUGCGUAUAUUACGUGUAUACGAGAGGAUUAUUAAAAAAAGAAAUCAUUAUUCAAGUUUUUUGAUAUAACCGAAUAGCAUAUGUUUAUAAAUAACACGAGAGUGACCUUAAACUUGAAAUUUCUCAAAAGUGUGUGUGUGAGCGUGCGCUACAAUAUCGAAGUUCGCCUGUCAUUUUGCCUGUCGAAUGUUACCACGAUAGCAAAAUAAAAUCGCAUGAAUUUAAUCAGACGACAAGAGUUCUAGUGCAGCGAGUGAGUUUUCAAGUGAUCUGACGUACUCGAAGAAUAUUGAUUAACCAUUUGCAUACAUUGCACUUAAAUAAAAAAUAAAACAAAAAACAAACAAAAAAUAAAUAAAAGAUAUUUAACUCAACUAAUUCACGCAUCAUAUACAACGUAUACUCUACUAUUUUUUAUGUACUAAAUAUACAUGCAUAUACCAACAUAUAUAUUCACUUUAAUCGCAAAAAAGAACGUUUAGAGGGCUCUAUAACAUUUGUAACUCGUAUACAUUGAGCAAAAUAUAUAACAUAACAUAUAUAUUUAUGAAUAUAUUUACAUGGAUAUAUUUUAAUGAUCUUGUACCGACAAAAAAAUUAAGGAUUAAUAACUUGGUAUACUCUCUGAUACACGAAAAAAAAAUAACAAACAUCCACACUACUCACGAUAUUGCCUGCUAUAUAGAUCAUAUAUCAUUUGCUAACAAAAGUUAAGGUGUUCACCUGAAAUAUAUAUAUUUAUCUACUGAUAAAACGCACGCGAGCAGCAGCAGUAAGAAGAAAACAGCGGGGAGAAAAAAAAUACGAAAUAUUUUUUGUGUGUGCAUUAUAAAAAAAAAAAGUGACAGUGACAGUUUUUUAUAGAUCAGAAAGUGCCAUUACACGGUAGAAACGAGCGAGAGAGAGAAAUAGAAAGAGAGAGUGCAAAAAAUACAGUGAGUUCUAUAAUGCAUUGACAUAGCCAGUGGGCAAAGAAAGUGAGUGUGUAUAUUUUCCUGCACGAGAAGCAGUAGUGUGCUGCACGUAUAUUAUUUACAUAUAUAUCAAAAUAUAUCUAUACGUGUGUGUGUUGUUGUUGUUGUUGUUGUGCGUCGACGUGAGACUGUGUUCUAUCCUUCGGACGUCUGUGUGUGAGUGUGCUCCGCCACGCUUCUCUACUCAUAUACUCGUCGCGCGCCGCUGCAAAACACGUGUGAAAGUUGUGUAUACAGCAUACCUCUAUCUCUCUAUGCACUAUUGAGACGUGUACACUAACACACGCAUACGAACAACACUUCUAGCAGCAGCAGCAGCAGCAGCAGCAGCAUCGUAUCGAAUUUGCGAUUCGCGAGAAAGAGUGAAAACGCGCGGCGCAGCGAGUCUGUGUGUGGACGCGCUGUGGAAAACCUGUUGAGUAUAUAUAGAGAUAGAGACCAGUGUGUGUUGCGUCUAUAUAUCUUCUAUGUAGAAAACUAGCGACGAAGAACCAGUGAGAGCCACGAAUAUCAGUGAGAGUGUGACGUUUCUCUCCCCAGUCCCCCUCGCUUCCACCCACGCACGUUUAUAUACACCCAGCACGAGUGACAGAAAAAUCAAAAAAAUUCCCCCGUAAAUGUGAAUGCUUAGUGCAUAGUGACAUAAAUUUCGUGUGUGCGAGUGUUAAAUGCGCACGUUGCCUCUAAUAUUAUCUUGAAAAUAAAUUAAAACGAAUUCGACUGUUAUCGUCUCUGUGUCCGUGUCAGUGGCAGUGUGCAUUCUCGCGAAAGCGGAGUGAGGAGAAGAAGAAAAGUGCAAUAAAUCAUCGGCAAAAAUGUCGACUACGAUAUCACCGACCAUACCUGUGAUUUGAGAGGAAAGCUUCUAAUCUAUUUUUAUCGUAAUUUUACAUCGUCUGUAGAGGAAAGAUAUAGAGAAUAUUUUCAGUGUAAAUAAUAAUAAAGUGCAAAACAAAGAAAAAUGACAACGACCAACAAUACAUCGCAUACACCGGAGGGCUUGCAAGCCGAAGUGAGAAGCGCUAUCCGGGUGUUGCACGGCUGGUGUCCGAGACCGCCGCAACAGCAGCAGCAGCAGCAGCAGCAACAACAGCAGCAACAACAAAUACAACCCCCACCGCCACCACCCCCGCUGCCACAACAACAGCAGUUACAGCACCAAGGUCCGAUCAACCGUGGGGAAACUGUACUCAUGCCGCCGCAAAGACCCCCUCGCCCAGCUGGUUCGGUGGUCGUUAGCUCGACCUCGAACGGUAGCAACGGCUCGAUCGUCGUUAGCAGCAACGGCGUCGUUAACGGGAUUGGCGGCCCUGGUGCGGUUGGUAGCCCUGGUCCUGCUAAUCUGGUCGUGACCAAUGGCACUGGCAGCAGUAAUGCCAACAAUACCGUCACCAAUGGCGGUAGUAUCAUAAGUGGCGUCACCGUCAAUGGUGGCAGCAGCAGCAGCAGCUCAGCCACUAAUGGCGCUAGCAGUGCUGCCAACGUGAGCAACAACAACAACAGUAACAACAGCAUGAGACCGCCGCCACCGCCACCCCCGAGGAACAGAAAUUCCGGCGAGGGUAAAGCUCACCACGAGGAACCGACUAGCUCCAUACCAGAUUUAGAAUUCGACGGUACGACGGUGCUAUGUCGAGUUUGUGGAGACAAGGCCUCUGGUUUUCAUUACGGCGUUCACUCCUGCGAAGGAUGCAAGGGCUUCUUCAGACGCAGCAUCCAGCAAAAAAUACAAUAUCGGCCCUGCACGAAAAAUCAGCAGUGCAGCAUACUGAGAAUCAAUCGGAACCGUUGCCAGUACUGCAGACUGAAAAAGUGCAUAGCCGUCGGCAUGAGUCGAGAUGCGGUACGAUUCGGCCGAGUGCCCAAACGCGAAAAGGCCCGAAUUCUCGCCGCCAUGCAACAGAGCUCACACAGCCGCCAGCAGGACAAGCUGGUCAGCGCCGAGCUCGAGGACGAGUCGCGCCUCCUCAACACAGUCGUCAAGGCACACAUGGACACGUGCGACUUUACGCGUGACAAGGUUGGCCCGAUCGUCGCCAAAGCCAGAGAGGCCCCGAGCUACACGGCCAUUCCAGCGACACUGGCAUGCCCGCUCAAUCCAAACAUAGUGCCACCGGCCGGCCAGCAAGAGCUUCUGCAAGACUUCUCGAAGAGGUUCUCGCCGGCUAUCCGCGGCGUCGUCGAGUUCGCCAAGCGCAUACCCGGCUUCGGCCAUCUCGCCCAAGACGACCAGGUGACCCUCCUCAAGGCUGGCGUGUUCGAGGUGCUGCUCGUGCGACUUGCCUGCAUGUUCGACCGCGAGACCAACAGCAUGAUCUGCCUCAACGGCCAGGUGCUCAAGCGCGAGUCCAUACACAACAGUCCCAACGCCCGUUUCCUCAUGGACUCGAUGUUCGACUUUGCCGAGCGCAUCAAUCUCCUGAAUCUGGCCGACAACGAGAUCGCGCUGUUCUGCGCGAUCGUCGUCAUCGCCGCCGACAGACCCGGACUGCGCAACGUCGAGUUCAUCGAGAAAAUGAAUCACAAGCUUCGCUGCGUGCUGCAGGGACUCCUCGCACAGAAUCAUCCCCAACAGCCCGAAAUCCUGCACGAGCUGCUCAAGAAAAUACCAGAUCUCAAAACCCUCAACACCCUGCACUCCGAAAAAUUGCUGGCCUUCAAGAUGACCGAGCAGCAAGCACAGAUGCAAGCCCAGCAGCAAGCUCUGCAAGCCGCGCAGCAACAAGUACAGCAGCAACAGCAGCAGCAGCAACAGCAUCACAUGCAACAACAGAUUUGGCCUAUGGAAGAGGAUCAGCCAGUGCCAUCGUGGAGUUCCGACGUGACGCUCGACGAGGCCGUCAAGAGUCCUCUCGGCAGCGUGUCCUCCACAGAGAGCACCUGCAGCGUGGAGGUGGCUUCGCUCACGGAUUAUCACAGUCAGAUCACCCAGGGCCAUCACGCGACGAACGCACCGCUUCUGGCCGCGACGCUCGCCGGUGGCCUGUGCCCGCACAGAAGACGCGCCAAUUCGGGCAGCACGAGCUCGGGCGAGGACGAGCUACACAGAGGAGGCCUCAGUCUCGUCAAGACCCCACAGCCGCAUCUGCAGCAGCAACAGCAGCAUAAUCAGCAUCCACAGCAGCUCCAGCAGCAGCAUCCACACCUACAGAGCAGCAGCACGACGGCCAGCUCGCAGUGCCAGCGCUUCCGCAAGCUCGACUCGCCCAGCGACAGCGGCAUCGAGUCCGGCACGGAGAAGACGGACAACAAGCCAGCGUCGACCAGCAGCACGAACUCGGCGCCCACCAGCGUCUGCUCGAGUCCCAGAUCCGAGGACAAGGAAGUCGAGGACAUGCCGGUGCUGAAGCGAGUGCUCCAGGCGCCGCCGCUCUACGACACCAACUCCCUCAUGGACGAGGCUUACAAACCACACAAAAAGUUCCGCGCGCUGCGCCAGAAGGACAGCGCCGAGGCCGAGCCCGCCGUGGUGGCGACGAGCGCGUCGAGCAGUCCGGCACACAGUCAUCAUCAUCAGCAGCAGCAGCAGCAACAGCAGUCGACGCAGAGCCAGUUGCACAUGCACCUGACGUCGCCACCGGCCAGAAGUCCGCCCACGCAAAUGCAAAGCAGCAGAAAUAACAGUGCCCCCACAGCCCUACAGUCAGCUUUACUCGGUCAGUGUCCGUCUCAAACGUCUAGCAGUAGCAGUUUGCUCAGCACGAGGCACUCGACGCUAGCCAAGAGCCUCAUGGAGGGCCCGCGCAUGACCGUCGAGCAGAUGAAGCACUCCGAAAUGAUCACGAAUUUCAUAAUGCGCGGCGAGGCGGCGAGCACGAUGUCCCCGAGAUCGUCACCGUCGGUAGUGUGCUCGCCCUCGCCCAUGGAGCAGUGCGCGUCGACGACGACGGGCGGAAAUUCGAGCAGCGCCCGCUCGUCGCCGGCCCACCUCUCGUCGCCGAGGUGCUUCAGUCCACAGCAGCAACAGAGGUCCGGCUGGCCCACGGCGGCCACGAGCGUCAUCACGACGACGACGACGCUGGCGCCGAGGCAGCAGUCGCCCGACACCUUCGUCACGCCGGUAGGUGGUGCGUCGCCGGCUUAUCUCACGGCCGCGGCGACGAGCAGCACGAGCACGAGUCCGAGGCCGGCCUCGAGCGGCAGCGCGCACGGCAUCGCCGUGUCGAGCUGUCCCGCGACCAACAACAACAUGGUCGAGCUCCAGGUCGACAUCGCGGACAGUCAGCAGCCCCUGAACCUGUCGAAAAAGUCGCCGUCCCCGUCGCCGAGGCCGAGCAGCCUCAUGGCCGCCAAGCUCGAGCUCAAGCUCGAGGCGUAGCCCGCUGCCUCGUUGAUCCAGAGACGGACUAGUGAUCAUAAUCAUCGACAAAGACAGCACGAGUGCGACUCGAACGGUGACUGUUGCUGUGGCUACUGAGAAGCAGUGUGCGAUCGAGUAGAAGUAGUAGCGAGUGAGGCCGACAGAAGACCCCCCUUGACCGAGCUUGGCCGCCCGGAAGGUGACGAGGCAAAACAGCAUCGACUUGGCAAUCGUCGUUACUUAAACUUUUGCGCGCGGACAACAAAGGCUCGCUCGCCAUCAUGUCCGGACACGAACUCAAGGCCCCCCCAACAGCCGAAUGUGUCCUGUGCUAUCUCCCUCCGUUCGAGCAUACGCGUAUCGCAAGACGCUAAUUUCUCUCGACUAGCAAAAACCAAAAAAAUUUAUCGACGUUUUCGAAGAUAUUCAUUCGUGCUAGAAUAGCCAGUAGUGUGGUCGUUUGAUUAUUAACGGAGUGGGUAAAACAAAAGAUUGAAACCCCUUGAUGCUUUGCUGGACUCGGAAAAAUGACUGCGUUGUCCACUAUCAUCGUUCCCAGAGUAAGUUGCUUUAAGUAGGCAAAAUAUUAAAAAACAAAAAAACAAAAAAAAAAAACAAAUCAAACAAACAACCACUACUGUUGCUACAAUCUUACGUAAAUAUAUAUAUGUGCAUGUGUUAUCAUCCAAUAUAUAUCUUACGAGUGAGUACCGCUAACGUUGCGAAAAUUAACUAGAGUGAGAGAAGCACCCGUACGAAGGAGAAGAAGAUUGAGAAGAUGAAAAAUUCGAAUUAUGAGUUUACAAACGAGAUAACAUAUUGAUUUAAAAAUAUGUUUAAGAUAUAAAAUUUUAUUAUAUGUGAUAAUCAUGGAAAUUGCGCAUCCUGUACAGUCUACAAAUCAUUCAUCGAUCAUCAAACUUUACUAUUAAUUAAUUGAAUUUUAAUUGCAAGUUAUUCGUAUAAAUAUUUAUAUAUACAUCUAUUAUAUAUAAAUUAUA